CUCGGAUAUUUGCUUGGGGUUUGACGCGGGGGGGUGGGGGAAUCUCUCGGAUAUCAGAGCCUCUCCUCCAGCGGAGCCACAGCGGAGGACCUGGAGUUACAGAGAGCAGGGGAGAGGGAUUUUGGACGUGUUAAUAAUUACGGAUUAUCAAGCUUUUUUUCUUCUUCUCCUGGAGCACUGAAGGCGAGCUCUUCUUUGAUGUCUGAAAAGACCGUUGUGUUGCCAUGACGAGCGAGGAGGAGGAGGGCCCCAGCGUUGCAACAUCAACAACACCGUCAGCGGCAACAAUCUCCAGGGUAACAACAGCCGUAGCCAGGGGCGACGGCGACGAUGCCGUCACUACCUCCUCCCCGUACCGCCUCCCACGUCCCGAGGAAAAAAAGGAGGAGAAAGAGGAGGAAAUAGAGGAGGGAGCGAUUAUUCAGGAAGAGAGGAUACAGCAGCAGGAGUGUGAGGAGGAUGAUGAAGAUGAGGAUGAUGAUGAUGAUGAUGAUGACAGCAGUAACACCAGUGUGUUGGUGGUACCGUACCCAGAGCUGGCUCCGGUGGUCUUCUUCUGCCUCAAACAGACGACCUGUCCCCGCAGCUGGUGCAUCCGCAUGGUCUCCAGUCCGUGGUUCGAGCGAGUCAGUAUGUUGGUGAUCUUGUUGAACUGCGUGACCCUGGGGAUGUACCAACCGUGUGAGAACAUCGACUGCUCCUCGAAACGCUGCCAAAUACUGCAGGCUUUUGACGCCUUCAUCAACAUCUUCUUCGCUCUGGAGAUGGUUAUAAAGAUGCUCGCUCUGGGGAUCUUCGGUCGCCGCUGUUACCUCGGGGACACGUGGAACCGACUGGAUUUCUUCAUCGUCAUGGCGGGGAUCAUCGAGUACUCGUUGGACCUGCAGAACAUGAACUUCACCGCCAUCAGAACAGUGAGGGUGCUGCGGCCUCUCAAAGCCAUUAACCGAGUGCCAAGUAUGCGCAUCCUGGUGAACCUGCUGCUGGACACGCUGCCCAUGCUGGGGAACGUCCUCCUCCUCUGCUUCUUCGUCUUCUUCAUCUUCGGCAUCAUCGGCGUGCAGCUGUGGGCGGGGCUGCUUAGGAACCGCUGCUACCCCGAGGAGAACUUCACCCUCAACAGGGGCAUCCGCCUCCCCCGGCCCUACUACAUGGCUGACGAGGAUGACGAGCGGCCCUUCAUCUGCUCGCUGCCCAUCGAUAACGGCAUCAUGUCCUGCUCCGACGUCCCGGCCCGGCGCGAGGGCGGCAGGACGUGCUGUCUGGACAAAGACGACGCUCUGUACCGCCAGUCGCUGGGCCUGAGCCCCGAGCCGCUGGCCAAUGGCAGCAUCAGUGUGGCCGGACUCUGCGUGAACUGGAACCAGUACUACACCCGCUGUCACACUGGCCUCAGCAACCCACACAAAGGGGCCAUCAACUUCGACAACAUCGCCUUCGCCUGGAUUGUCAUCUUUCAGGUGAUCACUCUGGAGGGCUGGGUGGAGAUCAUGUACUACGUGAUGGAUGCUCACUCCUUCUACAACUUCAUCUACUUCAUCCUGCUGAUUAUUAUUGGUUCCUUCUUCAUGAUCAACCUGUGCCUCGUGGUCAUCGCCACCCAGUUCUCAGAGACCAAGCAGCGGGAGCACCAGCUGAUGCAGGAGCAGCGAGCGCGCUGUUCCUCCAACUCCACCCUGGCCAGCGAGCCCGGGGACUGCUACGAGGCUCUCUUCCAGCUCGUCUGCCACAUGAUCCGCAAGGCCAGGAGACAAAGUGUCAACCUUUUCAACACCCUGCGGGGGAAACCUCGCGGCUUUCGGGGCGUGGGAAGAGGAAGAAGAAGAGGAGGAGGAGGAGAAAGGAGGGAGAGGAAGGCCAACGGGAGGGGAGGACCUGAGAGGAGGGCAGUGAUGAGGCACGGUCCCCCCUGUCCCCAUCACAGUAAACCGGACCACGCCUCACCCAUGGCCCUCACUGCCACCUCUGCCACCGACGGCUGCCCUCAAUGUGCCGCUGCUCUGUCGCUCACUGAUGGCGUGGGACCAACUCGUAGUGCCGUGAACGAAGAAGCAGAGGAGGGAGCUGUGGAGGAAACGGACCGGGAGGGGGCGCAAUCGGAACUCAAGGAAAAGGGCAAUAAAGGCCAGGAAGGUGCAGCGAAACACGGGUGCUGUAGUCGUGGGAGGGGAUGCAAGGAGGUUUGGCACGACAUCAGGAUGAAGCUGUGGGGAAUCGUGGAGAGCAAGUACUUCAACCGAGGCAUCAUGAUCGCCAUCCUCAUCAACACCAUCAGCAUGGGCAUCGAGCACCACGAGCAGCCAGAGGAACUCACCAAUGUUCUGGAGAUCUGCAACAUCGUCUUCACCAGCAUGUUCUCCCUGGAGAUGUUACUCAAACUCACCGCAUUUGGCUCCUUCAACUACCUGAGAAACCCCUACAAUGUGUUUGAUGGAAUCAUCGUCAUCAUAAGUGUUUGUGAGAUCGUGGGCCAGUCUGACGGUGGUUUGUCGGUGCUGAGGACCUUCCGACUGCUGAGGGUGCUGAAGCUGGUGAGGUUCAUGCCAGCAUUGAGGAGACAGCUGGUGGUCCUCAUGAAGACCAUGGACAACGUGGCCACCUUCUGCAUGCUGCUAAUGCUCUUCAUCUUCAUCUUCAGUAUCCUGGGGAUGCACAUCUUCGGCUGUAAGUUCAGUCUGAAGACAGACGAUGGGGACACCGUACCAGACAGGAAGAACUUUGACUCUCUGCUCUGGGCCAUCGUCACAGUGUUCCAGAUUCUGACCCAGGAGGACUGGAACGCAGUUUUGUACAACGGUAUGGCGGCCACUUCUCCACUCGCCGCUCUUUACUUCGUGGCCCUCAUGACUUUUGGAAACUACGUCCUGUUCAACCUGCUGGUGGCCAUCUUGGUGGAAGGCUUUCAGGCGGAGGGUGACGCCAACCGCUCUUACUCGGAUGAUGACCGCUCUUCCUUUGACGAGAGUGAGAAACACGAGUCCAUAAAGUUGUCUGACCCCAGGAUCUGCACACUGACUCCCAACGGUCACCUGGAGCUGGGGGCCCUGUCGGGGCCGAGGGGGUCGUACUCCUCGGAGAGGCGCAGCUUCAACAUGGAGUCCAGGAAGAGCAGCGUGAUGAGCAGCGGCAAGAGCAGCCUGGAGAGACGCUCCCUCUCUCUGCGUCAUGGUCGCAGUCCCAACUACCACAACUGGGGGCGCCCUUUCCAUCCGCAGUCUGCAUGGAGCCGCAGGUCCAGCUCCAACAGUCUGGGUCGGAAGAGUUACGGGUUUGGUGGCGCUCCUGUGGUGGGGGGGAGCCUCCGUGUGCACAGCACCCGCUCCCCCUACUCCUACACCUUUGCUGCCGAGCAGGAGUCACUCCUCUCCCACCCUCGCCACUCCCAUCAUGCUCUCCCCCCUCAUCAUCCACCUCCACCUCCACUUUUCCUCUCCAGGCAAUUUUCCGGGAGGAGGGAUCGCCGGGCCCUUUCCCUCGAGCUUCCCGAGCUCAGGGGCCAGCCGCCGGGACUCCCCCCCGUCCAGCAAGCAGAGCCUGGGAGGAGGGGAGGGUCUGGGGCAGGGGGGUCUAACACUGGGGGGUCUGUGGCAGGUAGUGGUUUGGAACAUCGAGAUUGUAAUGGCAAAACACCAGGCCCCCACACUCAGCUGAUGGCGGAGGUUUACCCUCAAGUCAACGCACGCAAGGACAGAACCGACCUCGACGAAGAGACGGACUAUAGUAUGUGUUUCCGUAUCCAGAAGAUGAUGGAGGUGUACAAGCCCGACUGGUGUGAAUCGAGAGAGGCGUGGUCCGUCUACCUGUUCUCCCCCCAGAACAAGUUCAGGCUGCUCUGUCAGUCCAUCAUCGCCCAUAAACUCUUCGACUACGUGGUCCUGGUCUUCAUCUUCCUCAACUGCAUCACGGUGGCUCUGGAGAGGCCCAAGAUCAUGCAGGGCAGUCUGGAAAGGGUUUUCCUCACAAUUUCCAACUACGUCUUCACGGCCAUCUUUGUCACGGAGAUGACGGUCAAGGUGGUGUCCAUGGGCCUGUACCUGGGGGAGAAGGCGUAUCUAAGGAGCAGCUGGAACAUCCUCGAUGGUUUCCUCGUAUUUGUGUCUCUGAUUGACAUCGUGGUGUCCAUGGCGGGCGGAGCUAAGAUCCUCGGGGUUCUCCGGGUUCUCAGGUUGCUUCGGACGCUACGCCCCCUCAGGGUGAUCAGCAGAGCUCCGGGGCUGAAGCUGGUCGUCGAGACCCUCAUCACAUCCCUCAAGCCCAUCGGCAACAUCGUGCUCAUCUGCUGCGCCUUCUUCAUCAUCUUCGGUAUUCUUGGUGUUCAGCUCUUCAAAGGGAAGUUCUACUACUGCGUGGGUUUCGACGUGAAGAACAUCACCAACAAGUCCGACUGUCUGGCUGCCAACUAUCGAUGGGUGCACCACAAAUACAACUUUGACAACCUCGGACAGGCUCUGAUGUCGCUGUUUGUGUUGGCCUCUAAAGACGGCUGGGUGAACAUCAUGUACCACGGACUGGACGCAGUGGGGAUAGACCAGCAGCCGUUGACCAACAACAGCCCGUGGAUGCUGCUCUACUUCAUCUCCUUCCUGUUGAUCGUCAGCUUCUUCGUGCUCAACAUGUUCGUGGGCGUGGUGGUGGAGAACUUCCACAAGUGUCGGCAGCACCAGGAGGUGGAGGAGGCCAAGAGGCGGGAGGAGAAACGCCAGCGUCGCAUGGAGAAGAAGAGGAGAAAGGCCCAGAAGCUGCCCUAUUAUGCGUCAUACGGCCCGACCCGACUGGCCAUCCACACUUUGUGCACGAGCCACUACCUGGACCUGGUCAUCACCUUCAUCAUCUGCAUCAACGUCAUCACCAUGUCUCUGGAGCACUACAGCCAGCCACAGUCUUUGGAGACUACACUCAAGUACUGCAACUACUUCUUCACCUCCACUUUUGUGAUCGAGGCCACUCUGAAACUGGUAGCCUUCGGCUUUCGACGGUUCUUCAAGGACAGGUGGAACCAGUUGGAUCUGGCCAUUGUGCUGCUGUCAGUCAUGGGCAUCACCCUGGAGGAGAUUGAGAUCAACGCCUCCCUCCCCAUCAACCCCACCAUCAUCAGGAUCAUGAGGGUCCUCAGGAUUGCACGAGUGUUGAAGUUAUUGAAAAUGGCAACCGGGAUGAGAGCUCUGCUAGACACAGUGGUCCAAGCUCUGCCUCAGGUGGGAAACCUUGGCCUGCUCUUCAUGUUGCUGUUCUUCAUCUAUGCCGCUCUGGGAGUGGAGCUGUUUGGAGAGCUGGUGUGUAACGCCGACUACCCGUGUGAAGGAAUGAGUCGUCACGCCACCUUUGAAAACUUCGGCAUGGCCUUCCUCACACUGUUCCAGGUUUCCACCGGGGACAACUGGAACGGCAUCAUGAAGGACACCUUGAGGGAGUGCCCCCCCGGUCACCCUGCCACCGACUACGGCUGCCACGCCGGGCUGCAGUUCAUCUCCCCGAUGUACUUCGUGUCCUUCGUGCUCACGGCGCAGUUCGUCCUGAUCAACGUGGUGGUGGCGGUGCUGAUGAAGCACCUGGACGACUCCAACAAGGAAGCGCAGGAGGACGCCGAGAUGGACGCCGAGAUCGAGCUGGAGCUGGCGCAGGGGGGCCUCUGCUGCAUGGGGGGCAUCGGGGCCAUCGCCGGGGCCACGGGGGGCGCGGCGAGCGGGUCGGGCGUGGGCGGAGGAGCGACGGGUGCCAUCGCAGCGGGGGCAGUCGGGGCAGUCGGGGGUCCGAGCGGCGGGGUUAUGGCGCCGCUCAGAGAUGGAGGAGGAGGUGCGGCUCACGAGGGACGCACACACCAUCGCUGCCGGCUCUACUCUCCCGCUCAGGAGAGCCAGUGGCUGGACAGUGUGUCGCUGCUCAUUAAGGACUCGUUUGAAGGGGACAUGAUUGACAACCUCUCCGGCUCAGUGUUCCACCAUUACUGCGCCCCCCCUGUCUGCAAGGACUGCAAGGACCACCCACAGGAGAUCCAGCUGGCGGAGGUGGAGCAGGCGUCUCUGAUGUCGGAACAGCUGUCGGACAAGUCCUCGUCUCCUGCGCUGCCUGAUGACCUCAGCCUGGAUGAACACAGCUGCUACCACAUGCUGGUCAAAUACAGCCAGAGGGGCAGCAGUGACUCCCAAAGUUCGGAGGAGUUGCCCACCCAGGGGGGCUACAGGGGGCUUCUUCCCUCCAGCUCAGGAAGUGAGGAAGGGGUCCAGGAGUUGUACGAGGUGGGCGUCCAUCCUCAGGUGAACAGUCCCUCACUGGAGCAGCAAAACCCUUCAAACCUUUCUGCCUUCAGACGGAGACGGGGAAGUUGCAGUCGAGAUGAAGGCGGGUCUUCUCCGCUCUUCCACCUUCCUGCAGACUUCUUCCACCCGGCUGCUGCCGCUCAUCCGGGCAGUCCCGGGCACAGCGUGGGCCCCGGAGACCGAGGACCCUCCAGGCUGCCCUCCCCGGCCUCCUGGGCGUCCCUCCGCUCACCCGGAGCCAACAGCAGGCCUCUAAGCUCUCAGCACCCGUCCCGCAGUGACUCCUCCCUGGCCACGGGCAGUUCAGAGGGCAGCCUGCAGACCACUCUGGAGGAAGGGCUCAGCUUCAGCGUGUCCCCACCUCGAGGUCUUGACCUCCCCAUGCCUCUCCUUUCCCCCCUCCCCAGCCAUCCCCAGGAACCGGCCUCAGGAGACCACCCUCUGCUAAAGAGACGCAGUACUACUUUUACCCUCCAGGCCACCAGGGGUCAUCAGAGGAGCCAGAGCAGCUGCGGGGGGGGCAGCACCAGCCCAGGCUGCCCACGCCAGGACUCCAUGGACCCUUCAGACGAGGACGUCGGCACGGGGACGGGGGGGGAUGUCUGUCGGCAGACCCUGAACAGCGAACACUUGUCAGAAACGCUGAACAGUCUUUCACUGACGUCGCUGCUCAGCCCGAGCUCUCUGGCACCCCCGCUGGUGAAGAAGUGUAACAGCACGGGCUCACUGGACCAAACCAAUGUACCCGCCAGGAGUAAAGAUGGCCGCCACCUCUGUGGCAUAGACUCACACGGUUACCUGUCCAACCCCUGGACGGAGGGGAGGGCGACAGGUGAGGAGGAGGAUAUCACAGACUUCAGCGGGAAAUCCACAGACACAAGCUCCAGGAAAAACAGAUGAAACAUUUGUGGCCUCCCUGCAGUGGAACGCGUUAACCAUUCGCAUUUGUGGACCGUGAACCGAACAGGAAGUCACUUUUAACACAUGUCCUGUGAACCCGAUUCUGAAACCCUCUCGUGUCUUUGAACCGUCUGUUCUCUCCCGUUCCUCUCCCGGAUCUGUCUGCUUGGGGGUUAGUCACUUCUCAAAAGAUCACGAUUGCUUCUGAGUUUGAAAUCCUUCUCUUUUCUACAGGAUAUCGUUGCUUUAUGAAAGGACUGCUAAACAAUAAUGGCAAGGGUCUUUUAGCAUGACCAGGAUUCAGCCUUUGGCAGAUCUGGGUUUUACAAUUUGAGAAAGCUACAGACAGGCAUGAUAAUUAAAGUGAUUGAUGAACUUUACUAAAGUGAUGAUAUUUAUAAAGUGUACUGCUUCGAAACAAACAUUUGAAAGACAUACAUAGCUAGACCCAACGUGCCGUCAACCUCAGUGUUGUCACGGUUGGACAGAUGGCAAACUCUGAAGCUUCUUUUGAGGAAGACCUGAACUUUGUACAGUUUGAUUUUGUAAUAUCCAUCGCUAACAGUAGCAUCGACCGACCUUUUUUCCUCUCAAGCAGGUGGGUAACUGAGAAAUGAAAGCUUGUUUAUUGUACUGUGUCCUUUUUUCAACUUCAAUGUUUUGAAGUUGUGCGAAUGUAGACGCGUCUGUCUCUGUCUGUGAGCAAGGAGCUCGGCUAAAGUCUGAUGAGCGGCAAAGGGCCUCUUUUAAUAGAAGGCUGGAUAUGUGACUGCUGCUGAGAAUACAUGUGGGUCAGUGGAAGCGUUGGCCACUUUCAGAGUGGACUCUUUGUGUUUUCUACAUACCCAUGAAAGGGCUAAAAUGUAUUGAGUGCAGACCUGGGCAAAAAAAAAACACACAAAGGGUCUGAACCCCAGACUCUUCUCAUGAGUGUUAUAUAUACAGUAUGUAAGAGACAUGUGUCCCUGAAAAGAAAGGUGUUGGUUGGAUUCCUCCAAAAUGAAAUUAGGUUAUCAUACCCACCUCUUGAAAAGACUUCCCCCACAUAUUAAGCAUCUACUGACAUGGUAAAUGUGAAGUAGGGAUUCCCACAGAUGAAAUAGACUUCACAAGGCAGGGGGUAAAACAUUCGUCGUGUGAAUAAAACAUGGGUCUGAUGUCAUUUAGUUUUCCUCGAGUUCUCCCAAGUUGUUCCUCUGUGCAACAUACCAACAGUGUCUUCAGGCAGUGAUGGAUAACCAACAGUACGUAUCUUAGAUGUUUAACUGAGGGAUUUAAAACUCAAUGCUUCUCAGGAAAGAGUCAAAGAUCCUAUUGGCUUUGAGAAUACUCAUUAGUCAUUGGUAUGUCAAUCAUGUUUAACCCUGAUCAGUAGCGGUAGGGAUGGCAUUUUUCGUCCGUCAACUGCUUCCGUCUAGCAAAUUCAGUAUUGAGAGCCCUAGUGGAGAUACUUUGGGGUCCAGUAAAUAAACCUUAACAACCUUUAAUGUCCCCUUGACUUCAAUUAACUCCAGAACAGGUCAAAGAUCUCAUUUCCAUUCAACUAUCUCGACAUCACUGAUUGUCACAAAACCUUUCAUAGAAGUCCAUAGUCCCCUAAAUAUGAAUUGGAACAGAUCUGAGACCCCUUCAUGUGUCCUCGGGCAAUAUUUUAAUGGAAACAUACAUGCGAAACACAUGGCUAUUGUGGUUAUGUUAGCAUUAGCAUUUACCUCAAAGCCCCACUGUGUUUAUCUACAGCCUCACAGAGCUGCUAGCAAGGCUGUAGCCUGCCGUGACCCUUUGUGAAACCUUCCCCCCCAGACCAGCUUCCUGAGCAUUGGUACUACAAAAAAGAAAGGUUGUCUCAUCCCAGAUCAAACGGAACCAGUAUUUUAUGCAAGGUUCGGAGCUUCGGACAAAUUACAGGAAGUUAUGGAAGACCAGAAUCAAUUGUAAAGUAGGGGAGAGAAAAAGAGAGUUAGGAGUUAGCUUGAUAGCAUUAGUCUGCACCUAUUACCGCUCUAUUUUUUGGGUUUGCAUCAAAAGACACCAACACUAUUUUUAAAAAAAACAGAGAGUUAACAUUAAAUGUGCUGGUCUGUUGGACCAGUCUGUUGGACCAGUCUGGAGAAGCAGUCUGGAGAACUGAAUGACAUCAAACUGCCUUUCUGUCGUUGUUCAGUAGCACAGAAUCCACUGGAGCUGCUGAACAUGUGUGUGUGAAGCACUGGGUGUGAGUGUGGUAGGUUUAGUGUACCGUCAGAUUUCCAGGGAUCCAGAAGAUCAGAUGGUUGCUGCAUUUAACCCAAAUGAUUAUUGACUCAGGUCUGCUUGAGUGUAGCAAGAUAUUAGGAAAAUACCCCAAACUAUGGCAAGGAUCUGGUGUGCCAUGUGACUUGUUUCCAGACAUUUUGACCCAUUAUAUAAUAUAGGUGUGUCAUGAAAAUCCAGAGCAGGUAGACCUCAGGUGGACAACAUAUUGAAGCACAUGCAUACAGCAACAAAUACACAAAGAUGUCAUACCCUGCAGGAUGUUUCUGUAGUGGUUUGAGAUGAGACAGUCUUCAUCUCUUCCUCUACUUCGUCUUCAUUGUUGUCCUAAUUACAUUAUCUCCCGUCCACAGGGAAGCCGGAGAAUAAAAUGAAUAUUGAUUCCCCCUCUAUUCGAGAUAUGCAAUAUGCUAAAGUAGAUGUACAGUUAGAUGUAUGAGAUGGUAUAGCUAUAGCCAAUAUGGUGAGAGGAGAUUAUAUUUAUGAAUUCAUGUAUUAGAAUUUAAAUAUCAGAUCGGGAUCCAAAGGCCACUGAAAGGGUGAUGAUGUAUUCAUGUAUUCAAGAGUGUGUAUGUUUUCUCUUUCCCCCUCAUGUUCCCAACCUGAUUUCCUUUCUCCAAAAAUGCAUGUGGGUUUUAUUUUCUGUUUUCUUAAAUGUCAUUCUAGUGUCAUAUAAAAGUGAAAUAGCUUUUCAA